UUCUGGUAAAGGUACUGGUAAAGGUUCCGGUAAAGGUUCUGGUAAAGGUUCUGGUAAAGGUACCGGUAAAGGUACUGGUAAAGGUACUGGUAAAGGUACCGGUAAAGGUUCUGGUAAAGGUACUGGUAAAGGUUCCGGUAAAGGUUCUGGUAAAAGUACCGGUAAAGGUACUGGUAAAGGUUCCGGUAAAGGUACUGGUAAAGGUUCCGGUAAAGGUUCUGGUAAAGGUACCGGUAAAGGUACUGGUAAAGGUACUGGUAAAGGUUCUGGUAAAGGUUCUGGUAAAGGUUCCGGUUAA